GAGGAAAUUUCCAUGUAUAGAUCACCUCUAUAAAUACUCUGGUCCGUACAUAGCUUCUCUCCCAGAUUUUGUAAACAUAUACUCAAUCGGCAGCGGAGUUAAUAUAUGGCAAAGUUCCAAAAACCAGUAGAUGAAAAGGGAUGGGUUAUCCACAUAAAGGAAUCAUUCAUGGUAGAAGAGGAGGAAACAGGAAUGGGAGUGAGCAUAUUCAAUGUCCCAAGGCCUCUAAUGGCUUCGGACCCGCUGUCCUACGUGCCCCAACAGAUAGCCAUCGGGCCGUACCAUUACUGGCGGGCUGAGCUUUAUCAGAUGGAGAGGUACAAGGUGAACGCGGCCAAGAGGUUCUCGAAACGUCUCCCGGAUGGCCUCAAGUUCGAAGAAGACGUGGUGGGCUCGAUCAAGCAGCAAUGUGUGCGGAUCCGAGCAUCGUACGACAAGUACUUGAACCUUGAUGACAAUACGUUGGCGUGGAUGGUGUCGAUGGACGCGUGUUUCUUGCUUGAGUUUCUCGGCGUGUAUGCGAGCUGCCCCCGCCCCGAAGUUGGGCUAAGGAUGUCACAUUUGGUAGACGUGUUGGGACGAAAGUCGGGACACAAUGCAACAUUAAGGGACAUUGUGAUGCUGGAGAACCAAAUCCCAUUGUCCGUUUUAAGGAGAAUGCUGGAAUGGGAGCUGUCGUCUCAGGAAUUCGCUGACCAGGUGUUGCUUGCCAUGUUGAUGGGGCUGUACAAAGAUCUUUCCCCGUUUCCUGUCUCCGAGCUCAUUCCGAGGCUCGAAGAUUGUGCUCAUUUGCUUGAUUUCUUUUACCAGCUCAUGGUUCCAGCUGCAGCAUCAUCCCUGCAAGUAGACAAUGUAGUGUGCUGUACUAGUAGUAGUACUAGUUGUGUAGAACAAGCAGCAGGGGAUGAGGAUCAAACCACCAGCGCCUCCACGGCUGCCCCUGCAGCUUGUGAUGAUGAUGAUAAAGAGAGAUUUCUCAAUCUGGUUCAUCAAGUAUGGAAUAAGCUUCUUUCUUACAAUAUUAUUAAAAGUAAUGGACCGAUUGUGCGUGUCGUUAAGGUCAUUGCGAAUAUGCCGUGGGAAAAAAUCGCUGCCCUUCCGGGAGUAAAGGGAUCUCUGAAGCGUUUUUUCCCCACCGCCACCACCACCACUUCUGUUAAUACUAAAAAGUCCGACGAUGGCAAUGACGAUGACAAUGCUACUUCUUUGUCUGCUUCUUCAUUGGUGGAAGAUAUCAACAUCCCAACAGUGUAUGAGCUCAUGAAGUCAGGAGUUGAGUUCUUACCAACGAAUGGCGAGGGUUGCGGAAUUCCGAGCAUCUCGUUCGACUUCUCAACCGCGACGCUGUGUCUGCCCGUGGUGAGGAUAGACGUGAACUCGCAAGUGCUGCUGAGAAACAUGGUUGCUUACGAGUCAUGCAUCACAUGCGGGCCGUUAGUCUUUGCUCGUUACCUCGAGUUCAUGAACGGGAUCAUCGACUGCGCCGAGGAUUCCCGGGCUCUUCGGGAGAAGGGCAUUCUCUUCAAUCAUUUGAAGAGCGAUGACGAAGUGGCCGAUCUUUGGAACGGGAUGAGCAAGUCCAUUAGGUUGACCAAAGUGCCCUUCUUGGACAAGGUCAUUGCAGAUGUCAACAACUACUAUAAUUGCAGGUGGAGGGUGAAGGCAGGGAGGUUUAUCAUGUCCUAUGUGUAUGGGUCUUGGAAGAUUCUCACAUUGCUUGCCACACUUUUGCUCUUGGUUCUCUCGGGUUUAGAAGCAUUUUGUUCCGUUUAUAGCUGCCCUCGGUUUUUUCAUUUCAAUUCUACCCCUUCAUAAUAAAUUAAUAACCAUGCCUAGUUUAAUUGUAACCUGGCCUGGCCUCAUUCUUUUUCUGUUCUUUGUUUCAUUUUUUAUUUGUCUGACCUGACCCUAACAUUCACUUCAUUGCAUUAAUAUUAGUUAAUUCUUUUGAAUCUUUGUAGUAAUCAAUCAAUGAAAU